AUGAAACAUGCUAGGGCGCGAAAUGUGAUUGAGAGAUAUUUUGGCCUACUUAAAGGAAGAUGGAGUAUUCUUAGAAGUCCUUCAUUUUUCCCUAUAAGAACUCAUGGACGUAUCGUGAUGGCUUGUUGCUUAUUGCAUAAUCUAAUUAGAAAAUUCAUGCCUAGAGAUGAUAUAAAUGAAGAUGAAUUGAAUGAAUCCGAUGAUGAUUCCGAAAGAGAUUCCAAUGAUGAAAGGGAAUUUAUUACAAGUGUUGCUACUUCAGAUCACUGGACCAAUUUUAGAAACAAAUUAGACCAAGAUAUGUUUAAUGAUUGGAGGGCGAGAGGAUAUGGAUGGGAUGCUGAAAAGAAAUUGUUGAAAGUAGACAAGGUCGUUUACGAUGAAUGGGUGAAGGUGUUUCAUCCAUGUAAAUGA